AUGGAGCUGCCUUGGAGAUUAGUUUUCAUUGUCUCCUUAAGUAUUUUGUGCUGGGGGUUAGACCGGGAGUCUGAUAGAAAUUUCAUUUUAGCUGCUGGUCCUCUCACCAAUGACUUGCUGCACAACCUAAGCGACCCACUGAGAAAUCAGGGCUAUGGUGUUGCAGCAGGUGAUGAGGACAUUUAUGUUUGUCACCAGCCACUGCCUGCUUUCCUGCCGGAGUACUUCAGUAGUGUUCGUGCCAGCCAGGUCACCCAUUAUAAAGUAUUUCUGCCAUGGGCACAGCUUCUCCCAUCAGGAAGCUCCCAGAACCCCAGUGAGAAAGCAGUGCGGUGCUACCGGAGCCUCCUGAAGGCUCUGGAAGCCACACAGCUUCAACCCAUGGUCAUCCUGCACCAUGGGAAACUUCCUGCGAACGUGGUCCAGAGCAGCCAAGUCUUUGCUGACCUCUUCGCUGACUAUGCCGCAUUCGCCUUCCACUCCUUUGGGGACCUGGUUGAAAUAUGGUUCACUUUUAGUGACUUGGAGGCGGUGAUAACGGAACUUUCCCUUCAGGAAUCAAGAGCUUCUCGUUUUCAAGCCCUUGCAGACGCACACAGAAAAGCCUAUGAGAUUUACCACAAAAGGUUUGCUCCUCUGGGUGGAAAGCUCUCUGUGGUCCUACCAGCUGAAGAGAUCUCCGAGUUCCUUCUAGAACCAUCCACGUCUGCACUUGCCAAGGACUCGGUCGAUUUCCUCUCUCUUGAUAUGUCUUAUGAAUGCCAAAGCGAGGCAACUUUACCACAGCAGCUGAGUCAAUUACAGACCAUUGAGCCUAAAGUAAAAGUUUUCAUCUUUAACCUAAAACUCCAGGACUGCCCCUCCACAAGGAAGAACCCCGCCAGGUUUCUUUUGAGCCUGCUGGAAGCCAUUAACAAAGACCAAGUGCUCACCAUUGGCUUUGAUAUCAAUGCACUCCUAAACUGUUCAUCAAGUUCCAAGAAAAGUUCUUGUUCCCUGACUAACAGCCAAAUCCUUCAGGCCGAUCAGCAGCAGCAGGACCUUGAGGCGUCAGUUGGUUCCUCUUCUCCUGUCUCCAACUACCAGAAGGUCUGGGAAAUGUAUGCAAACCAGUCCCAAGCAGAGAGGGAUGCUUUCCUAUGGGAUGUUUUUCCUGAAGGCUUUCUCUGGGGAGUCUCCACAGGAGCCUUUAAUGUGGAAGGAGGCUGGGCUGAGGACGGAAGGGGGCCAAGCGUCUGGGACCAUCAUGGACGGCAGGAAGCAGUUGAGGGUCAAGCAACAGUAAAGGUGGCCAGUGACAGUUACCACAAGGUGGACUCUGAUGUGGCCUUGCUUCAUGGCCUCCGAGCUCAGGUUUACAAGUUUUCCAUUUCCUGGUCCCGACUUUUCCCCACUGGGCACAGCAGCAGCCCCAACCCCCGCGGUGUCACCUACUACAACAAACUGAUCGACAGCCUGCUGGACUCUCACAUUGAACCCAUGGUGACCCUGUUCCACUGGGACCUGCCCCAGGCCCUGCAGGAUGGUGGUGGGUGGCAGAAUGAGAGUGUGGUAGAUGCCUUCCUGGACUAUGCAGCCUUCUGCUUCUCCACGUUUGGAGACCGUGUGAAGCUGUGGGUGACCUUCCACGAGCCUUGGGUGAUGAGCUAUGCGGGUUAUGGCACCGGCCAACAUGCACCAGGCAUCUCUGACCCAGGAAUGGCCUCUUUUAAGGUGGCUCACUUGGUCCUCAAGGCUCAUGCCAAAGCUUGGCACUACUACAAUGACCACCAUCGCCUACAGCAGCAGGGGUAUGUGGGCAUUGUGUUGAACUCAGACUGGGCAGAACCUCUGUCCCCAGAGAGUCCUGAGGACCUGAGAGCCUCUGAGCGCUUCUUGGACUUCAUGCUUGGCUGGUUUGCACACCCCAUCUUUGUGGAUGGUGACUACCCAGCUGCCCUGAGAGCCCAGAUCCAACAAAUGAACAAACAGUGCCCAAGUCCUGUGGCCCAGCUCCCUGAGUUCACUGAGACAGAGAAGCAAUUGCUGAAAGGAUCAGCUGACUUUCUGGGUCUGUCCCAUUACACUUCCCGUCUCAUCAGCGAGGCUCAGCAAAACAACUGCCUCGCUAGCUAUGAUGCCAUCGGAGGCUUUGCCCAACAUGUGGACCCUGCAUGGCCUCAGACCUCAGCCCCUUGGAUUCGUGUAGUUCCCUGGGGUAUAAGGAGGCUGUUGAAGUUUGUGUCCUUGGAAUACACAAGAGGAAAAGUUCCAAUCUACCUGGCUGGGAAUGGCAUACCCAUAGAUGAAAGUGAAAAUCUCUUUGACGACUCCUUUAGGGUAGACUGCUUCAAUCAAUACAUCAAUGAGGUACUCAAAGCUAUCAAGGAGGACUCUGUGGAUGUCCGUUCGUUCAUUGUUCGCUCCUUCAUUGAUGGUUUUGAAGGCCCCUCUGGCUAUAGUCGGAGAUUUGGGCUGCACCAUGUCAACUUCAAUGAUAGCAGCAAACCAAGGACUCCCAGGAGAUCUGCCUACUUUUUCACCAGCAUCAUUGAAAAGAACGGUUUCCUCACCAAGGUGGUAAAUAGGGUGUCAUCACCUAUUACACCAAAUGUGCCCCCCAAAAUUAGAGCCUUCACUUUUCCCUCUGAGGUGCCCUCCAACGCGAAAGUAGUUUGGGAAAAGUUCUCAAACCAACCCAAGUUUGAAAGGGAUUUGUUCUACCACGGGAAGUUUCGAGAUGACUUUCUCUGGGGCGUGUCCUCUUCAGCUUAUCAAAUUGAAGGAGCUUGGGAUGCCGAUGGCAAAGGACCCAGCAUUUGGGAUAAUUUUACACACACACCAGGGAACAACGUGAAAGACAAUGCCACUGGAGACGUAGCUUGUGACAGCUAUAACCAGUUGGACGCUGAUCUAAACAUGCUCCGAGCUUUGAAGGUGAAGGCCUAUCGCUUUUCCAUAUCCUGGUCUCGGAUUUUCCCAACUGGAAGAAAUAGUUCUAUCAACAGUCAUGGCGUUGAUUAUUACAAUAGACUGAUCAAUGGGUUGGUGGCAAGCAACAUCUUUCCCAUGGUCACACUGUUCCACUGGGACUUGCCACAAGCUCUCCAGGAUAUUGGAGGCUGGGAUAAUCCUUCCUUAAUUGAGUUGUUUGACAGCUAUGCAGACUUUUGUUUCCAGGCGUUUGGUGACAGAGUUAAGUUCUGGAUGACUUUUAAUCAGCCCAUGUACCAGGCUUGGUUGGGGUAUGGCUCAGGGGAUUUUCCUCCAAAUAUAAAGGACCCAGGCUGGGGACCUUAUAGGAUUGGCCAUGCUGUCAUCAAAGCUCAUGCCAGAGCCUAUCACACUUAUGAUGAGAAGUAUAGGCAGAAGCAGAAAGGGGUGAUUUCAAUAAGUCUCAAUGCACACUGGGUAGAGCCAAAGUCACCGGAAGUGCCCAGAGAUGUGAAAGCAGCUGACCGCGUGCUGCAGUUCUCCCUGGGCUGGUUUGCCCACCCUAUCUUCAGAAAUGGGGACUACCCUGAUGCUAUGAAGUGGACAGUGGGGAACAGGAGUGAACUACAACACCUGGCCACCUCCCGCCUACCAAGCUUCACUGAGGAAGAGAAGAAGUACAUUAGGGCCACAGCCGACGUCUUCUGCCUCAACACCUACUUCUCCAGGAUCGUGCAGCAUAAAACACCGCGGCUAAACCCGCCUUCCUAUGAAGAUGACCAGGAGGCAACCCAGGAGGAGGACCCUUCAUGGCCUUCCACAGCUUUGAGCAGAGCUGUGCCUUGGGGGAUGCGAAGACUGCUGAACUGGGUCAAAGAAGAGUACGGUGAUGUGCCCAUUUACGUCACCGAAAAUGGAGUGGGGCUAACAAAUCCAAAAAUGGAGGACACUGAUAGAAUAUUCUACCAUAAAACCUACAUCAAUGAAGCUUUGAAAGCCUACAGGCUUGAUGGUGUAGACCUUCGAGGAUACAUGGCCUGGUCUCUGAUGGACACCUUUGAAUGGCUGAAUGGCUACUCAGUCAGAUUUGGACUGUACCAUGUUGACUUCAAUGACCUGAACAGGCCUCGAACAGCAAGAGCCUCCAGCAGGUACUACACAGAAGUCAUUACAAACAAUGGCAUGCCACUGCCCAAGGAAGAUGAGUUUGUGUAUGGGCACUUUCCUGAUGGCUUUAUCUGGAGUGCAGCUUCCGCUGCAUAUCAGAUUGAAGGUGCGUGGAGAGAAGAUGGCAAAGGACUCAGCAUUUGGGACACGUUUGCUCACACCCCUCUGAGAGUGGGGAACGAUGACACUGGAGACGUGGCCUGUGACAGUUAUCACAAGAUUCCUCAGGAUGUGGCAGCUCUGCAGAACCUGGGCGUGUCCCACUACCGCUUUUCCAUCUCCUGGACCCGCAUCCUUCCGGAUGGAACCACCAAGUACAUCAACAAAGCAGGCCUGGACUACUACGUGCGGCUCAUUGAUGCCCUGCUGGCUGCCAACAUAAAGCCUCAGGUGACCAUUUACCACUGGGACCUGCCCCAGGCGCUGCAGGAUGUCGGGGGCUGGGAGAAUGAAACCAUUGUCCAGCGGUUUAAAGACUAUGCAGAUGUGCUGUUUGAGAGGCUGGGAGACAAGGUGAAGUUCUGGAUCACGCUGAAUGAGCCCUUUGUCGUUGCUAACCAGGGCUAUGGCUAUGGAACAUCCGCUCCAGGAAUCUCCUUUCGGCCUGGCACUGCACCCUACAUUGUUGGCCACAACUUAAUAAAGGCUCAUGCUGAGGCCUGGCAUCUGUAUAAUGACAAGUACCGUGCCACACAAGGUGGCAUCAUUUCCAUCACCAUCAACAGUGACUGGGCUGAGCCCAGAAACCCUUCCAACCAGGAGGAUGUGGAGGCAGCCAGGAGAUAUGUUCAGUUUAUGGGAGGCUGGUUUGCACAUCCGAUCUUCAAGAAUGGAGAUUACAACGAGGUGAUGAAGACGCGGAUCCGUGCCAGGAGCUUGGCCGCAGGCCUCAGCAAGUCACGGCUCCCUGAAUUUACUGAGAGUGAGAAGCGGAGGAUCAAUGGAACCUAUGACUUUCUGGGAUUCAAUCACUACACCACUAUCCUGGCCUACAACCUCAACUAUGAUUCUUGGAUCUCUUCCUUUGAUGCAGACAGGGGAGUUGCUUCCAUCACAGACAGAUCCUGGCCAGAUUCUGGCUCCUUCUGGCUAAAGAUGACACCUUUUGGCUUCAGGAGGAUCCUAAACUGGUUAAAGGAGGAAUACAACAACCCAGUGAUUUAUAUAACGGAGAACGGAGUGUCUAAGCGGGGAGAAGCAGACCUCAAUGACACUGCGAGGAUCUACUACCUCCGCAGUUACAUCAACGAGAUGCUCAAAGCUGUGCAGGAUAAGGUGGACAUCCGAGGAUAUACAGUUUGGAGUUUGAUGGACAACUUGGAGUGGGCCACAGGCUUUGCCGAAAGGUUUGGGCUGCACUAUGUGAACUUCAGUGACCCUUCUCUGUCAAGAAUCCCCAGAGAAUCCACCAAGCUCUUCGCCUCCAUAACCCGGUGCAAUGGUUUCCCUGACCCUGCUGCUGGGUCUCACCCAUGUCUCCAGCCAGAUGCUGUUCCCACCAUCAGUCCCAUGAGCGAGGAGAAAGUUUGGUUCCUGGGACUAAAACUAGGAAUGGCAGAAGCACAAACAGCUUUGUACAUACUUUUUGCUCUUGUACUUUUUGGAGCUGGUACCGUGGCAUUUCUGUCAUACAAAUCCUCUAAGUGUUCCAAGCAAAAGAAACAGCAAAGUCAACAUGAAUUGAGUCAUUUCUCUUCCUUCUGA